AUGUCAAGCGUGGAACACUUCCCGAUGUGCCACGAUUUCAUUAAUAAUCCGCGUCAUCUCAAAGGCCAGGACAAUGGGCUCAUGGCCCUGAACAUGAACAGUAUGAUUGCGUAUAAACAGAUAAAUGGCAGGCAAUGGAGUGGAUGCCUUUUUGAAUGGGCCAGUUUCGAUGGGGUGAGAGCAGCUCAACAGAAACGGACCCGCUUGGACCCGCUUUUCCAGCCUCACUUAAAAAGCCCAACCUCGGCCUUCGGGACUUCUUUCUUCCGCAACGACCGGAGCUUUAUUCUUCCGAAACCCUCUCUGCCGGAAUGCGAUAAGCACCAAUUAUCGCACGUGACCGGAUCGUGCCCUAUUCAGAGCAUCUCAAGCAGCUUUGGCUGCCUCGCCAUCAUUAUGGCCGGGGCCGAGGGCGCCGAAGCCGGCCAUGUUCCCGAGGAGGUUCCGGAGGAGGAGGAGGAGGAGGAGGAGGAGGAGGAUGAGAAGCAGCAGCUUGUGUUUAAUGGUGCUGACUUGCCUGAGAUCCCCGAACUGCUGCGAUCAAGAGCUACCAGUGGUUGCAAGUAUCUUGACCUGCGCCUGUCGCCCAUGCAUACGCUGGAAGACAUUUUCCAGGACCUCGCCUCGAAGGCGAUGACUUUGGGCUUUGCUAAAGUCCUAAAGCAUUUGGGGGAGCGCCCACUGCGGGUAGCAACGGUCUGCUCGGGCACUGAAAGCCCAAUUUUAGCAAUGGAGAUGAUCCAAAAGGGUCUUGGUACGGACCAGCGUUUCCGGGUCUUACACGCCUUCAGUUGUGAGAUCGUCCCGUUCAAACAAGCCUAUAUUCAACGUAACUUUGAGCCCCCUGUUCUCUUCCAAGACAUUUUGGAAUUAGGGGAAAAGAAAGCUCGGACGGCAUACGGGUCACUGGAACCCAUACCUGGUGAUCUCGACAUCCUCAUCGCUGGGACCGCGUGCGUCGAUUUCUCAAUACUGAAUAACAAACAGAAGCUUCUCGAAGACUGCGGCGAGUCUGGCAGUACUUUCAACGGUCUGCUGCGGUACGCCAAACGAUAUCGUCCCCGACUGAUCCUCUUGGAGAACGUUUGUACUGCCCCCUGGGACGAGUUCGCCAAAAUCUGGGCAGCAGCCGGCUAUCUAGCUGUCCAUCAAAUUAUAGACUCGAAAGAGUACUAUAUACCCCAGACUCGUAGGAGGGGGUACAUGGUGGCCAUGGACACUCACCGACUGGAUACGGCAAUGAUCGGUCAGGCAUUACCAAGCGUCAACGAACUCGGCUCUUCCUUCCGGAGCCUCAUGCAGAAGUUCAUUCGUCGAGCGAGUUCGCCCGCCGGAAUGUUCCUUCUGCCGGAAGAUGACCGCCGUCUUGAGCAGAUCCAGAAGGAUCUUGCUACACGUCUCGCAGCCAAGGCAAGUCGUGUUGGGUCCAACUGGGACAAAUUCCAGCUCCGGCAUGAGAACUUACGCGCGAAGGAGAAGUUAGGAGGUCAACGGCCCAUCAGCCGUUCCCAGGCCGGGGGUAUGGUAUCAAUGCCCCCAGACUUUUACUGGCGCUCUUUCUUUGUGUCACAAACCGAGCGCGUUUGGGAAUCCCUCGAUAUCAACUUUCUCAUGGGUGUAGCGCAUGGCAUCGACACCAACUACAAAGAGCGCUGGUUUGAUACAACUCAAGGUGUGGAUCGUGCUAAGGGAUCGUCUAUCUCGACCGGAGUCAUUGGCUGCGUCACUCCGAAGGGUAUGCCCUUUCUGUCAACGCGAGGAGGCCCAUUGUCUGGUUUAGAGGCUCUCUCUCUACAGGGGCUUCCGCUAGACCGUAUCAUCCUGACUCGCGAGUCACAGAGAGAUCUACAAGACCUGGCCGGUAACGCCAUGACAUCCACUGUCGUGGGUGCGGCGAUGCUUUCCGCUCUCAUUCUGGGAUAUGAAUUGUUGGACCAAGGCGAAGCCAGACCUGUUGAUGCCCUCGCCCGGACUGACGAUAAUUUGACGCCGUUCGCAGUUGUGGAUGGGGACAACAACACCCUCAUCCCGGUCGACAUCGAGGAUUCCAGUCCAUCUUUCGACCAACAAGACCGUCUCUUGCAGCGCGGGGCUGAAAGUGCUCAGUUCUGUUUCUGCGAAGGACAGUCUGUGAUCAAGAAAGACCUCGUCUUUUGCAAUCUCUGUGGGCACCGUGCAUGCGAUUCCUGUGCUGGAAAUCCGACACAUGCCUACCGACCCCUGCCGGCACCCACCUCCCUGCGAAGCCCCCCACUGGACUUCAUCAAAUUUCUCAAAGGCGUGUUGCCUAUGAGACUCAUGCUGUCCGGUCUGUCAGUUACCGACUUCGAAAAUCUUCUCGCCAACUUUCCCGUCAGUCACCCUCCGAACCCUCAGGUUAGACAAGCUGCCAAGAUUCCCAGCAAGACCCACUGUGAUGGGAACCUGAGCGUGGAGAAGAUAAAAGGUGAGAUCUGGCACCAUGGCAGUCCAGGUGACGACACCAUCACCGCUGAGAACGGCGCAGAUCUCGCCCGACAAGACUUCAUCGAGACCGUCCAGUCUGCCCUCGCUGAAGUUGUCCGUUUCUACGGCAUCCAGCGAUCCGACAUCUGGACUGUCGUCUACGAAGGCGACUGUUCAAGGCUGCAGUUGCAGAUCCGCCGUGAUGGAUUCCAGUGGCUGUACUUCGCCAAGGCUCCACGAAGUGCUCCAGCUCAGUGCCUCAUGCGAGAGAUUGUCGGUAAACCGAUUGCUCGCCUGACCCCGACGCCAGGAUCUCUCCUGGAUGGUUCAUGGGAAAUUUCUGCUCCCAUUAGUGCCCAGUUCCCCUUGUGGAUCUCCGGCAUCGGAGAUCAGAUGAGGGCGUACGAAGCAGAGAUUGGCAUCAAGAAAAAGCUUAUCGGCCACAUGCAGGUGUGGACCCAGAUUCUGGUCGAAGGCGAUGAUGAUGAUGCUGAACACCUAGAUGCUGAUAUUCGUGGCCUGUACACCUGGCUUCCUGAUUGUGGCACAGCCCUGGCGUCGUUGUACAAGAAGGAGGCCACUGCGAUCUGCCCUGCCGUCUACCUCUUCCUCGAUCCCAACAAGACUGGCAACCCAAUUAUUGACUCGUGCGUGUUCUCGUUCGAGCAUAACCGUCUUGCGGGGUAUUCGAGGCGCAUCACCAUCGCCGAACUGUCACACAAAUGGCGAGCAUCGGCCGUCACGUCCAAACCGACCGAAGUGAAUGCGUUCUAUCGAGCCUGGACCGGUGCUCCAGCUGCGGCUUUGGACCCGGUAGUGGGCGACCAGAUCGUCUAUCGCAGCCUACAGCCUGGUCCCACAAUCAGCCUCGGAAGCAACGACUGCCGGGAAUCAUACGUCUCGCUGGUUUCGCUCGCAGCACCAGCCGCCUCUCUCAACCUGUCAAAGGCACUAUUGCCCUCUCUUUCAUCUCCCUCCACUUGUUGGGAAGUAGUGAGUCUCGAGAAAUCCAACGCCGAAAUACGGGGCGUCGCUUGGGCGGUUCAGAAAAUUGCCAGCCGGACGGAGUUCCGGGAUUGGAACAACAUCACCGUCGGCGCCGAACGCCCGAGUGACAAGAGUACGAUCUGCCACACCUGCGACCCUCCAGCUCCUGGUAUUCUCUGGGGCCGCGACAAGAAGGGACGUGUCAUCCCGUAUGAGGACCCUCGCGGCGCCGCUGUUUAUGAGCGCGCCGCCAAGUCAAAGCCAGCUCCCUUUGUCCUCUUGCGCAGGAUCGAUGAAGCUGCUAACGCUGAGUUGCGUUUUGCUCUCAACAUCCAGUCCCUGGCACACCAAGCCUAUGGGCAGCUUGGACACAUCGGAGAUCACUCCAGCAUUGAGGCAAAAUGGAGGCUGAUUGGCAACACGUAUGACUGGGGAAGGGCCAGCCACCCGAGAUUUCGUUUGCUUGACAACAAGCAUGAUAACGCUCAUCACCAACCCCCGAACUUUCAGCUCAAGCUGCGUCCAGAGCAGCUCCGAUCCCUUGGCUGGAUGGUCUCUCAAGAAGACGAAGAGAUUUUACCGUUCGUCGAAGAGGAAACAGAAGAAGCCCACUUGCCGCUGAUGUCCUGGCGCGCAGAAGUCAAAGUCAGCAUGCCCAGAGUGGUGCGAGGCGGUGUCCUAUGUGAUGAGGUUGGAUAUGGCAAGACUGCAAUCAUCCUUGCGGUGAUUGACGCCCAAUACGAGCAGGAUUCCCACCGGCUGCACCACGCCCCUCAAAUCCAUGGGCUGGUUGCGACGAAAGCAACUCUUCUUGUUGUCCCAUUCAGUGUGUACAAACAGUGGGCUGACGAAAUUGGCAAAUUUCUCGGGACCAAGUACAAGGUCUUGAGCUUCUCGACCACCCAUCAAUUCAGCAAAAUUUCGGUCAAGCAGAUUCGCGAAGCAGAUAUCAUUCUUGUUCCCUGGUCGUUGUUCAACAGUCCGGUUUACUAUCGAGCCAUGCAGUACUUUACGGGCACGCCGAAAGUACCUGAUAGACCGGGUCGCAGCUUCGACAGCUGGUUCAAGGAUGCGAACACAUCACUUCGCGAGGUUGUUUCAGUCUUGCAAGAUGAGGGACCCGAAGGGUAUUUGCAGCAUGUGUGGGCUCGGCGAUCACGGUUGCGGCGAACACAGGCGAAUUCCACAUAUGUGCCGUCUUGCCGUCUGCGCGGCGCAGCCUUGGCGGCUGCUCAAGCCCGAGCGAUGGCAGGCAACGAGACGGGUACUGAGACCGUCGCACACAGUCAGUCUCAAGAAAUUUCUUGCACCUCCGUUCAACAAACUCCCGAUUGUACUGAAAAUUGUCCGUCUCCUGAAAAUCCUUCGACCAAUCUCUCCCCAGAUGGCAUCGAGGCGAAUAGUCCUCCAGAAGGGCCGUAUCCUUUGCAAGCAAUCGCUCCAGACGGUGAUUCCGCUGAUGAAGGUGAUGACUUUCCGAUGCGACCAAACUCCACGAUUGGUAAUAAGCCUGCAGCCUUGGAGAAGGAUGACGCCGAAGAGCCUGCGAGCAAGAAACACAAGCGUGGCCGAAUGUCAAAGACUCGCGACGGGAAGAAACAGCCAUGGGAUGACCGAGAGGAGUUCAACAUUCCGGCUCCAACAAGCAACCGGGUCCCCUCCAUGGAUGACAUUACAUGCAUGCCGCUCCAUGCUUUCAGUUUCAACCGAGUCGUAGUUGACGAGUACACGUACUCCAAUGAAGAGCGAAAUCUCUCCAUUCUGUCUCUGGUCUCGCGUUCAAAAUGGAUUCUCUCUGGAACACCGGCUCUGGGCGAGUUCGCCGAUGUGAAGAGUAUUGCUCGUCACCUGGGCAUUCAUUUGGGUGUUGACAAUGACGGCGAUAUUCUGACCUCGAACCCUCGUUUGAAGGCAGCUCGCAGAAAUUACACCACAGUGGAAGCAUUUCGGAAUGACCAGCCGCCUCGCAGCAAUUCUUGGUACGAUAAUCGAUGCAUACAUGCACAGCGCUUUCUUGAUCGCUUCGCUCGUCAGAACAUAGCGGCUAUCACUGCAAUUCCCAUGGAAGAAGAGGGCCGCGUCCGCAAGAUCCCAGGGGCAGAUCUCGACAUUCUGCACACGGUUUUGAAUGGUUUUCUGACCAACAGUUCCUCGCCAUCUGAGGCACUGAUAAAGUGCUGUACAUCGGCAAUGUUGACGGAGUUCCCAUGGGGCGCCAAUAAUUGCAUAAAGCACAUAUCAACACAGCAGGCCAUGAGGGAUUCCCACCGCGAAAAGCUGGAAGCAUUGGCGAAGAUGGCUUCUGUCGUGUUGUCCGAUCCCCACCGGGGUGAACAGUCUUGGCAGUCGUUGCUGGGGGAUGAUGGAGAGCCGGCGGAUGCUCGAGAUGCUGGGGGGUUCGCGAAGAAGAUUGGGGACAAGGACACGGUGGAGACAGUUCGAUCCCUCUUCCAAGGCAUCUUUACAACAUUCAAUGAAUGGUCCCAAGAUGCCCUGUACAACAAACUCAUCAAGGACAAGGUUGAUGGUAAACUGAAACAGAUCCGACCGACGAAGGCCAAAGAAGCACAGUUGAAGAGAGUCACCGAUGAACCACUUGAAUCACAACCCAAGUCCCGCACCAAGCCCGGAAAGGGAUCAACUGGAAGCAGCAGCGAGACAGCGUGGAAGAAGCCUCGCAAGAUCAUCCUCCUCUCCGCUGAAAGGUUCAAGGAGAGGCUCAACGCCUGGAAGACGAGUGCUGUCCUAAAGGACCUCGUCAGAGACAUUUUCAUGGUAGUAGAAUCCAUCGUUGCCAGCAACCGCGAAAUCCGUUUCUUCACGGCCAUGCGCCGUCUGCAAAUCGAGCCCGUUCACCCCUGUGACAGAUGCGCAGAAUGGCACGACUCUACGGGCCGAAGCGGUAUCACAAUCAUUCGCACCUGCGGACACCGCCUCUGCCAGAGCUGUAUGGAAGACGUAAAUAAGCCGGAAGACGGGCAACGAGUGUGCGUCGCGACGGGAUGUCGCGCAUCCGCGUGCGAGUCCAAGCAAAUCAAUGGACUCUGUGCCGAUAUUGGUGCUGCUGUGAAGGAAAGCAGCAAGCUCGACACCUUGGUAGACAUCAUCAAAGGGAUCCCAACGGGUGAAAAGGCGCUGCUGUUUGUCCAGUUUGAAGACACAAUGAUCCACGCCUCCCGUGCUCUCGCUGCCGCCUAUAUUGAUCAUCGUAUGGCCAAGAACAGAUCCCCGAUGGCCAUCAUGGACUUUGUCAAACCAAAGGCAACCCCCGUGCCGAGGCAGCUGAAGCAGCCGAAACAGUCAAAGCAGUCAAAGCCGUCAAAGCGGAGCACGGAGAUGGUGGUGGACGGAGAACUGGAGGUGAAUGAACAGGAGCUGAAGAGGAAGAGAGGGAGCGAGAAUACCGAGAAGGACACGAAGGAUAAGCCAAUAGGACCGAAAGUCCUCAUCCUCCUUCUCGGUGGUGUGAUGGCUGCCGGACUCAAUCUGCAAUGCGCCAACCAUAUCCUCUUCCUGUCGCCUCUCCUGGCAUCUACCCAGCACGACUAUGAAGCCGGGAUGACCCAGGCAAUCGGCCGAAGCCGCCGGUGUGGGCAGAAGCGCACAGUCCACACAUACCAUCUCCUGACACGCAGGACCGCCGAGGUCACCAUCUUCCAAGAGAGAACGUCCACGACUGUCAUUCAGCGUGGUGUCGACGUUCUGCAAGUCGCCGAAGAAGACAUUCUGCCGACAGAUGAACGUUGCGAGGGCGACUCACUUGACUUCACGAGGUUGUCUGAUGCCGAGGAAGAAGUGACUGAGGAUCUUCCACAGGAAGGAGUGACGGAGCAGCUUCCACCGGAGAGAUUGACGGAGCAGCUGCCGCAGGAAGAAGUUACUACCAAAACUCGAUCCCUCCCAGACCCUCAUUUGGUUGGCCAACUGCAGGACAUUGUCGUGGAGCUAGAAGCGGACGUUCUAAUGACCACCGAAGAUCGGCCAGACACCGAGAUGCCCAUGGAGAUUAACGCUGAGGAUGAGACUUAG